GAUAACGCCAUCUUCGGCGGCAUGGUAGAUAGACGAUUUGAUUUGCAAAAUUAAUACCAGAUUGCACGUUCUUUUUUACGUUCUGGUGAUUGAUUGCUGGAUCGUUUUAUACACGAUAAGGACUAAAAUCUGGACUGUAGCUGAGUCAGUAGCAAAUAAUUUUUAUCAACCAUCAUGAUGACAUCGAUGGCCACAAAAUGGCGAUGUCUGCUUUCCAUGCAACAGAAAUCCAUGACACAGAUGAAGAAAUGUUUAUCUACAUGUACAGCUGUCAAGAGUCACAAUAUGCAACUGACUGCACCGCAUCACCCAUCUAAACAUAGGCUGUUUUUUGCAAGAGGCUUCCAAACCACAAGUUUCUGUCUUAAUGAAGAGACCAACACCGGGUCAUCACAUACUCGUGCCAGUUUUCCCAGUCUUGAAGAACUUGUGUUUCACAUGUUAAGCCAAGGGGAUGGAACCAUCUCAGUCAGUACAUUCUUCGAUGCUCUUCAAAGUAAAGGCUUGACUUUGAAUGACCCAAGACUAAAGGAAUCGAUGGAUAAAUUCCGUACAAAACAUCUUCCUCAGUUUCCAGAGAGAAUAGGAGAUAAGCACCUCACUGCUGAUCAAUUCAAGGAGUGCAUACAAGACAAUAUUGUCUUAAUUGGCCGUGCCCUUCAGAACAAAUUAAUCAUCCCAGACUUUCCAGAGUUUGCUGCUACUAUUCAAGAAACAUUUUUAGAAGCAAAGAAUAAUGAAUCUGGAGAGAUUGCAGAUUACAUCCCUCAGUUGGCUCGUCAGGACCCCAAUUCCUGGGGAGUGAGUAUCUGUACCGUCGAUGGUCAGCGCUGCUCCUUUGGAGACACUACAGACCCAUUCUCUUUUCAAUCAAGCAGUAAGGCACCUGCUUAUGCCCUUGCCUCUACUCUCAUGGGAUCUGAUUUUGUCCACAGACACAUCGGAUUCGAACCCAGCGGACAGUCAUUCAAUGCCUUGUUUCUCAAUAAUAACAAUAUGCCUCAUAAUCCCAUGUUGAACUCUGGUGCCAUAGUGACUGCUGCCCUCAUCAAGCCUGAACUAACUGCAGCUGAUAGAUUUGAUUUCAUCAUGUCAAAGUUUAGAGAAGCAGCUGGGGGAGAGAUGGUUGGCUUCAGCAAUGCCACGUUUCUUUCAGAGAAGAAGACAGGAUUCAGGAACUUUGCUUUGGCCUAUCUUCUCCAGGACUACAACUGUUUCCCUGCUGGAGCUGAUCCAGUAGAUACACUUGACCUUUACUUCCAGAUCUGUUCAUUGGAAGUGAAUUGUGAGUCAGCUUCCGUCAUCGCAGCUACCCUUGCCAAUGGUGGGAUCUGUCCUCUGACUGGCAAGAAAGUGUUUGAAUCUGUUGCUGUUAGAGACACACUCAGUCUCAUGCUAUCUUGUGGAAUGUAUGAUUUCUCAGGACAGUUUGCUUUCCAGGUUGGGAUGCCAGCUAAAUCAGGUGUAUCUGGUGGAGUGAUGCUGGUAGUACCUAAUAUCAUGGGUAUAAUGAUGUGGUCUCCUCUGCUUGAUAGCUAUGGUAACAGCACCAGAGGUAUUCAGUUCUGUCAGGAUCUGGUGACACACUUUAACUUCCACAACUAUGAUAACUUGAGACAUCAUUCAGCUAAGAAGAUUGACCCUGUUACGCAAAGAACACACAGUCAGGCAACAAGGAUCAUGAAGUUAUUGUUUGGUGCUUAUAAUGGUGAUGCUAGUGCUUUGAGGCAGUACUUCCUCCAAGGUAUGGACAUGUCUGAGAGUGACUAUGAUAGUAGGACAGCUCUCCAUCUUGCAGCUGCAGAAGGUCAUCUAGAAUGUGUGGAGUUCUUACUUGAGAAGUGCAGUGUAAGUCUUGAUGUACUAGACAGAUGGGGCCACACCCCUAUAGAUGAUGCAAGACUCUUUGGACAUACCGAUGUUGUUGAGAUGCUAGAGAAUUUUAAAUCAAGAAGACAGGAACAACCAUGAGAAAUUAGGUUCAGUCAAUCAUUCUCAUGUGUAAUCAGGAAGAGCAGCUGUAUCUUAUGUAUUGAUAUGUUGGGCAAGAUAU